GUAUCAGCUCAGACGACAAGCUCUGCAACUUCAAUAAUUCAACGUGCUUUAAUAUUAUGAUGAUGAACGAAAAUUCCCCAUUUAUGUACUAACUCUCUGUCAUUGUUUCUCACUCUUCACAGAACCCUUGAACCUCUGACAGAUACCCAUUCAUCUCUAUCAGAGCUCAUCAAAUAAAUUCCAGUUUUAUUUUUUAACUAAUUUUUUCGGGUAACAGAUGGAAAUGGCUCUAUCGCGCAGUUCUUUAUCGUCAUUAUCCUCGAAUCUCGUGAAACCUAUGUCAUCCAUCUUAUCGCUACGACGUCGUUCGAUCUCCUCAUCCUCGGAGCCCCUCACGGUAGAGACCUCCGUCCCAUUCACCUCUCACAACUGCGACGCGCCCUCACGCUCCGUGGAGACCUCAGCCGCGGAGCUCUUCUCAUUCUUCCGCGACAUGGUGGUGAUGCGGCGGAUGGAGAUCGCUGCAGACUCUCUCUACAAGGCGAAGCUGAUCCGCGGGUUCUGCCACCUCUACGACGGCCAAGAGGCGGUGGCGGUGGGGAUGGAAGCGGCGAUAACAAAAAAGGAUUGCAUCAUCACCGCGUAUCGCGACCACUGCACGUUCCUGAGCCGCGGCGGAACGCUGAUGGAGGUGUUCACAGAACUCAUGGGGCGGCGCGAAGGGUGCUCGAAGGGGAAAGGUGGUUCAAUGCAUUUUUACAGAAAGGAGGGUGGUUUCUACGGUGGACAUGGGAUUGUUGGGGCUCAGGUUCCGCUUGGUUGUGGUUUGGCUUUUGCUCAGAAGUAUUGUAAGGAUGAGAAUGUGACUUUUGCUUUGUAUGGUGAUGGUGCUGCCAAUCAAGGACAGUUGUUCGAGGCGCUUAAUAUUGCUGCGCUUUGGGAUCUUCCUGCUAUUUUGGUCUGCGAGAAUAAUCAUUAUGGAAUGGGAACUGCUGAGUGGAGGGCUGCUAAGAGUCCUGCUUAUUACAAGCGUGGGGAUUAUGUUUCUGGAUUGAAGGUAGAUGGCAUGGAUGCUCUUGCCGUGAAACAAGCUUGUAAAUUUGCAAAGAAACACGCUUUGGAUAAUGGCCCCAUUAUUCUUGAAAUGGACACAUACAGAUACCAUGGCCACUCCAUGUCUGAUCCUGGCAGCACAUACCGCACACGUGAUGAGAUUUCUGGUGUGAGACAGGAGCGUGAUCCAAUCGAGAGAGUAAGAAAACUGCUAUUGACUCAUGACAUUGCUAUUGAAAAGGAGCUAAAGGAUGUUGAAAAAGAAGUAAGAAAAGAAGUUGACGAAACCAUUGCCAAAGCAAAGGAAUGUCAAAUGCCAGAUCCAUCUGAUCUAUUUACCAAUGUAUAUGUUAAAGGUUUAGGUAUUGAGGUAGUGAUCAUUUCAUCCCUGUUCAUUCUUUUAUUAUAUCAUAUUCAAAAUACCAAAUGUUAACAUGCUUUCGAAGAUAAGGAUAAAGUUGAAAAGAACAAUUAGUACUUUAUUAAUUUCAUAAAGUGAAAUGACGAAGCCAAUUAAACCUCUAAAAUGAUAAUUAUUUUGAACUGGAGGGAAUAAUAUUUUAGAGUUUAGAUAUUUGGAAUCAUGAAGGAACGACUUCACUUUAUAUUACAAUGGAUAGUUGGAUUUAAUUUCUAGACAGUUCAUGUGGCUUUCUUUUGGAGUUUGAAGGGAGAGGGAAGCAAAAGAUUUUAUGGAUAGGAGGAAAGAGGGGGAAAGGAGGCUAAAUCUCUCUCUUAUUCCAAUGUUAAUGUUUAUUAUGAUUUUUUUAAAGAAAGACCCUGACUAGAGAACUUAAAAGUUACAUGUAAGUGGUUUUGGAGGGCUUCUAAAAUUUUCCUACUUUUCAGGAGUAAUUUUUAUUAAAAAACCCACCCUCCCCUUUUCACCAAAUCAAACUGACAAACAGAGCCAAAGUGCACAAAACAAAGAGGGCCCGGGUUUUUAAAAUUACAAGAAGAUGAGAUGCAGAUGCUGUUACAUUCAAGUAGGUAGCAAUUAUUUGUUACUUGGUGGAUGAUGUGGUUUAUUCAACUCUAUGUUUGGUGAUUUCUGACUUGCAGGCGUGUGGCGCUGAUAGGAAAGAAGUUAGAGCUACUUUGCCCUGAUGGAAAACUUUUUCCUUUGCAAUUCUUUUCCCCAUAGUUCCUGACCAAUCAAAAUAAUCGAGAAUAAAUAGUUCAGAAGAUCAUCUCUUACUAUUUGUUGAGCUUUCCACAAUUGUAUAUGACAUGGAUUAGCAAUGCGAUGGAAAUUAUUAGAUUUCGCCUUGUAAUUUUGGAGGACCUGACUGUCACACCCUUACUUCAAUUGAUUACGCAUGCGACUACUAUCCUGCAAAUUUUGAGGAUUUCAUUGUGCAAAACUUCCAUUAUUGGUGGCAAAAUUUUGCCAUUUCAUUUUUCUUUGGCAUU